AUGCCCUCGUCCCUCAUCCGACUUCGUCCCCUUCCAUUCUCCUCCCUUCCCCCACAUCCAUCCUUGAAUGAUCGUUCCUCCUCCACCUUUCGCCCGUCCUUGGAGACAUUCCUCCAUUCUGCUCUCUCUGAGACUCAGACCCUCGUGGCAACCACCAUCCCGCAGACGUUCAAGACCGACAAGAAACUACGAUCGUCCUCCCCAUCCGCGGCCAAGGUGCAGCUCUCAACUGGCACAAUCGACAAUGAGUUCUGGGUCUGUCGGCGGAGUGUGCACGUCGAUGCCGCGGAGGAGGGCACCGCGACGUGGGAGGAGUUCGAGAAGGGCCUGAGGGAGAACCAUUCCGAGAACGAGAUGGCUUACACGCCAAGUGUGACGGCGGUGGAGCAUCUGCUAGAAUGGCCGAUACAGGCGGAGAUCGAAGGCGGGUGGAGGAGUGUUCAUAUGCAUGAGAGAGGAACAUCAUAUCUAAUCAGACAAUCGAUCAAUCAACCAGUCAAUCUUAUCACGCAUACGUUCCACCCUAGCGCGCUUAUCUCCCCACGCACGUUCAUCUCCCUCGUCAUUUCCGCUGUCCUCCCAGCGACAGAACAAAGCGGCUCCGAAACGCCCUCGCAAGGUUUCUUCACCGUCCAAAUCCCCCUCACGCACGAUCCUGCCGCCCAGGCAUCCGACUCUCCUCUGCCGGACUCCAUCCGCGACCAGAUCAGAUCGACGACGCCGAAAAAUACCAUCUUUGCCUCGUACGCCAGCGUCGAGCGGGUCCUGUUGUUACCACCAGGCUCCUCGUCCUCCGCUACUAACAACGGCAGCAACCGGAAGAACAUCGAGUGGACCAUGGCCACGACGUCCGAUGCAGGCGGGCUGAUCCCGCAGUGGGUGCAGCGGAGCUGGACGAUGGGUGGAGUGCCCAAGGCGGUCGUUGCGGAUGUGGGGUUGUUUCUUGACUGGACUGCCCGGCAGAGGAAGAAGCAAUGA